AUGCCGCCAGAGAAAAUGCUUGCAUUUGCUGGCGACCCCUGUCACUGCGGCAAACACAUCAAGGAGCGGCUCAUUGUCCUCGUUGGCAGCCACAGGUUAGGCAGCGAGAAGCUUCCGUUACUAGUAACAGGCAAGUCAAAGCAUCCAAGAUGUUUCGAGGGGUCAGUGCCGCAGCCUGUUCUCUAUGAAGCUAACAAGAAGGCGUGGGUAACGCAGCAGUUAUUCGAAGCGCACGUGCGCAAGCGAUGCAGAAGGUUCAAGCAGCAAAAUCGAAGAGUCCUGCUCUUUGUGGAUAACUUCGCUGCGCAUAGCCACAUCAAGGACCUAAAGGCUAUACAAAGUGAGUUUCGGUCACCGAACACCACAGCAAUCCUGCAGCCGAUGAACCGAGGCGGAAUUCGGAACAUGAAGGAAUAUUACAAAUCACACGUUUUCAGCCGCAUGGUGCUCUGCUCCGACAGCGGGAAAAGCUACGCUGUUAACCUGAGAUCUCCCGUCAGCAUGAUAGCGAAAUCGUGGAAGGCGGUUACUCAAGGGACUCUGCUGAACUUUUGUCGCCACGCGGACUUCACACUUGACUCCGAGAUGGCCGUCUCACUCCAAGUGGACAGCGUGUGUGACGAACUUCCAUUCACGGAUGUUGCCUUCGACAAUCUGCGCGCUACCGGCGUGUCGGUUCCAGCCGAGAUAACUUUUUAG